AUGGGCCCGGAGGUGCCACGUGAAGUGGCGUCGUCGUCGCAUGGACGAGGGUGUCUGGAGCGCGUGGCGGGAGGGGAGGGGGCAGCCAUCUCGGACGGGGCUCUCCAAAGACGAGCAGCGCGAGUGAUUUCAGACGGAAGUGCGUGCAGGCUGCGGAGCUUCAUUAAGAAGAAUCGUUCUGGGCUUACCAAAGUGGAUGAAUUAAAUGCUACCCCCCUGCAUCAUGCUGCAGAAGGAGGUCAAAUAGAAUUAAUGCAGAUGAUCAUGGAUGAUUCUUCCUGUGAAGUAUUAAAUGUGAUGGAUUCUUCUGGGAAUACACCACUGCACUGGGCCACGAAGAAGAACCAGGUGGAAAGCGUUAGUUUACUCCUCAGUAGAGGAGCCAAUCCGAAUAUUCUCAACUCCAACAUGAUGGCACCCUUGCAUAUGGCUGUGCAGUCCCUGCAUAAUGAAAUUGUUAAGAUUUUAGUCCAGCAUAGCAGUACAGAUGUUAAUCUGGAAGGUGAAGCAGGCAACACACCUAUAAUUGUAGCGUGUUACAAGGAUAACCCUGAAGCACUGACACUCCUGAUUGAAAAUGGAGGGAAAAUAUGUAAAGCAAACAAAACGGGAUGUAUGCCUAUCCAUGCAGCUGCAUUUUCAGGUGCAAAAACAUGUAUGGAAAUUCUCUUAAAAAAAGGUAAAUAA